UGUGUCUGAGAGUGAGCGGCGUUAUGGCUGAUGAGAAGAAAGCACAGCAAGCCUCCAAGAAGGGCGCGAAGAAAAUCAUCAAGAAGGCGCCAGCGAAGGGAGGCAAGAAGAGGAAAAGGACCAGGAAGGAAAGUUACUCUAUCUACAUCUACAAAGUGAUGAAGCAGGUCCACCCCGACACCGGCAUCUCCUCCAAGGCCAUGAGCAUCAUGAACUCGUUCGUCAGCGAUAUUUUCGAGCGCAUCGCGGGGGAGGCUUCCCGCCUGGCCCAUUACAACAAGCGCAGCACCAUCAGCUCCCGGGAGAUCCAGACCGCCGUGCGGCUGCUGCUGCCCGGGGAGCUGGCCAAGCACGCCGUGUCGGAGGGUACAAAGGCGGUGACCAAGUACACCAGCUCCAAGUGAAGCACCGCACUGAAACAAACACAUCCACACCCCAAAGGCCACCCACAACUU